AUGUGCGAAUAUAAACCAACUCAACCCCAGUUGAAAUGUAAAGGCCAAAAGAGGAGGAAGAGGAAGAAGUCGGCAUCCAACCAAUGGACUCCUUUGGACAAAACAAACACUGAAAGAUAUGGAGUUGUUAAGUGGAAUUUCAUCGCCAAAGCGGAGAAGCAGUUGUCGCUGGUCAUCGGGGAUGCGGUGUACAUUGAAGAGUCAUGCGAAGGAUGGUUUAAAGGUUACACCGUGAAGAACAAGGAGAGAAAGGGAGCGUUUCCAGCCAGCUUUAUAGAACUAAAGGAGGUCGUCAUCGAAAAGAGAGGUGAUGAGGAGAUCAUCAUGUCUGCCGAGAUGCCCCUAGUGAAGGAGGUCACCACCACACUCAGAGAAUGGGGCAGCAUCUGGAAACAGCUCUAUGUGUUGUCCAGCAAGAAGGAGCGUUUCGUUCAGGUGCAGCGUCUGAUGUGGGAUCUGAUGGAGUGGCGUUCACAGCUCCUGUCCGGGACUCUGCCCAGCGACGAGUUCAAGGAGCUCAAGCAGAAAGUCACCUCUAAGAUCGACUACGGAAAUAAGAUCUUGGAGCUGGAUGUGGUUGUUCGGGACAUCAAUGGGAAUAUUCUGGACCCAGAGCGAGCCAGCGUCAUCAGCCUCUUCAGAGCACACGAGGACGCCACGGCCAAGAUCACAGAGAGAAUUAAAGAGGAACAGUCUAAUGUUCAGAUGGAGAGUUCAGGAGUGUCUGCGCGCAUACAGUCGUCUCCCACACACAGCCUCUACGUGUUUGUGCGCAACUUUGUGUGUCGCAUCGGGGAGGAUUCAGAGCUCUUCAUGUCUCUGUAUGACCCCAACAAACAGACAAACAUCAGUGAGAAUUAUUUGGUCCGGUGGGGAGAUAAAGGUUUACCGAAGGACAUCGAGAUGCUCAACAACCUGAAAGUGGUUUUUACAGAUCUGGGGAAUAAAGACCUGAACCGAGAGAAGAUUUAUCUAAUCUGUCAGAUUGUGCGUGUGGGCCGAAUGGAGCUGAAAGAUAACAAUACUAAGAAAUGCACGAUGGGUCUGCGGAGGCCGUUCGGCGUCGCUGUGAUGGACAUCAGUGACAUCAUCAAAGGAAAGACAGAAUGUGACGAAGAGAAGCAAUAUUUCAUUCCCUUUCAUCCGGUCAUCGCUGAGAAUGAUUUCUUACACACUCUGCUGAAUAAAGUAACGACGACGCGAGGUGACAGUGGAGGACAAGGUCUGUGGGUCACCAUGAAAGCUCUAGUUGGCGACAUCAUCCAGAUCCGUAAGGAAUAUCCGCAUCUGGUGGACCGCAGCACUGUGGUGGCCCGGAAGCUGGGAUUCCCGGAGAUCAUCAUGCCGGGCGACAUCCGAAAUGACAUCUACCUCACGCUGCACUCCGGAGACUUCGACAAGUACAACAAAACCACACAGAAAAAUGUGGAGGUCAUCAUGCUGGUGUGUGACGAGGACGGCAAGGUGGUGCCGAACUCCAUCUGUCUGGGAGCUGGAGAUCGACCUGUAAACGAGUAUAAAUCCGUCAUUUAUUACCAGAUCAAACAACCUCGCUGGAUGGAAACCUUUAAGGUGGCGAUCCCGCUGGAGGAGAUGCCCAGAAUUCACCUGCGCUUCAUGUUUCGUCAUCGAUCUUCACAGGAGUCUAAGGAUAAGAGUGAAAGGAACUUUGCGAUGGCGUUUGUGCGUCUGAUGAAGGAGGAUGGAACCGUUCUGAGAGACGGCCCACAUGAUCUGACUGUUUUUAAGGGUGACAGUAAGCGUAUGGAGGAAGUGAGCAUGUACCUGCCUCAGGCGUCGGAGCGCAGUGCCUCUGACAGCCACAAGGGGUCGACGCUGAUGCGCAGCUCCAGCAGUGUCGGGGGUCUGUCUGUGAGCUCCAGAGACAUCUUCACCAUCUCAACACUCGUCUGCUCCACCAAACUCACGCAGAACGUGGGUUUGUUGGGUCUGCUGAAGUGGAGAACUCAUCCUGAGAUGCUGAAAAAAAACCUGCAGGAGCUCAAACUCAUCGAUGGAGAAGAAGUGGUGAAGUUCCUGCAGGACACACUGGAUGCCCUGUUCAACAUCAUGAUGGAACAUUCUCAGACUGACGACUAUGAUAUUUUGGUGUUUGACGCUCUGAUUUAUAUCAUCGGUUUAAUCGCUGACAGAAAGUUCCAGCAUUUUAACACAGUUUUGGAGGCUUAUAUCAAACAACACUUCAGUGCCACACUGGCUUACAAGAAGCUGAUGUCUGUGUUGAAGACGUAUCUGGACGUGUCGAGUCGCGGCGAGGCCUGUGAACCAAUCCUGAGGACACUUAAAGCCCUGGAGUACAUCUUCAAAUUCAUCGUCCGCUCCAGAAUGCUCUACUCACAACUGUAUGAAGGCAAAGAACAGGCAGAGUUUGAAGAAUCUCUCAAAAGUCUGUUCGAGUCCAUCAAUAACCUGAUGAAAAGCGACUACACCACUACACUACUGCAGCAGGUGGCUGCUCUGAAGUAUUUGCCAACAGUCCUGCAAGAUGUGGAGACCGUUUUUAAUGCUAAACUCCUCAGUAAGCUGUUGUAUGAUUUCUACACCUGUAUCCCUCCGGAUAAACUCCAGAAACACAAAGUGAGCUCCAUGACUGAGAUAGUGGGCAGCAGACUCUUCCAAAGACAAGACUGCCGUGAUGUGCUGUUACCCAUGAUGCUUCGAGAGCUGGGCGGGGCUCUGGCGGUGGUGGGGGAGGGGCUUCAGGAUGAGAAGAGGAACAGCGUCGAACUGCUUAACAACAUCCUGGAGGUGCUCAGCUGCAGCGACGUGGUAAGACCCAAUCAGAGAUCAGCACAAACAUACGCCAGCCAAUCAGAGAUCAACUGCCGUGAUGUGCUGUUACCCAUGAUGCUUCGGGAGCUGGGCGGGGCUCUGGCGGUGGUGGGGGAGGGGCUUCAGGAUGAGAAGAGAAACAGCGUCGAACUGCUCAACAACAUCCUGGAGGUGCUCAGCCGCAGCGACGUGGGAGACACAUUUCAGCACAUUCAGGACAUUGUGUCGUCUCUGCUGAGGACAAUAAACCGCACAGUCAUCACCAUGGGCCGGGAACACACUCUUAUUUCUCGUGUUGUAGCCUGUAUGACGGCUAUUCUCAGUCAGAUGGACGACAGACACUACUCACGAUACAUCGAGACCUUCAGCGGAACCUCUGACCUGGUGGACUUCCUGAUGGAAACCUUUCUGCUGUUUAAGGAUCUGAUUGGUAAACAUGUCUAUCCACCUGACUGGGUGACUAUGAUCAUGGUGCAAAACCGAGUGUUUCUCCGAGCGAUCAACUUUUACGCCGACACCAUGAACCACAAGUUCCUUGACAACAACAGCUUUGAAGUGCAGUUAUGGAAUAAUUACUUCCAUUUGGCCGUGGCGUUCAUUACCCAGGAGUCAUUGCAGUUGCAGCAUUUCUCUCCCACCAAAAGAACCAAGAUUCUGACCAAAUAUGGAGACAUGAGGAGGCUGAUUGGUUUCUCUAUCAGAGACAUGUGGUAUAGGCUUGGUAAGAAUAAGAUCUGCUUCAUUCCCGGGAUGGUGGGACCAAUCCUGGAGAUGACGCUGAUCCCAGAGGAGGAGCUGCGCAGAGCAACCAUUCCCAUAUUCUUCGACAUGAUGCAGUGUGAACACAACCAUGCUGGAAACUUUAAGAAGUUUGAGAACGAGAUCAUUCUGAAGUUGGAUCAUGAAGUGGAAGGAGGAGGAGGAGAUGAGAGAUACAUGGAGCUGCUGCAGAGCAUUCUGCUGGAGUGUGCUGUGGGUCGUCCUCUGCUGCUGAACGAGCUGCAGCACUUUGUGACUCUGGUGACGGGUCUGCUGGAGCGACUGCUGGACUAUCGCUCCGUCAUGAGUGAGGACAGCAGGAACAACCGCAUGAGCUGCACCGUCAACCUGCUGAAUUUCUACAAGGACAUCAACCGUGAGGCCAUGUACAUCAGGUAUCUCUAUAAAUUACGGGACCUUCAUUUGGAUGGAGAGAACUACACAGAAGCAGCAUAUACACUCCUGCUGCACUCCAAACUGCUCAAGUGGUCAGAGGAGCAGUGUCUGCCUCAACUGGACUAUCAGACGCCUCAGUCUCAGAGACAACUCAAAGAGUCACUCUACGACAACAUCAUCAGCUACUUCGACAAGGGCAAGAUGUGGGAGGAGGCUAUCACUCUGUGUAAGGAGUUGGCAGAUCAGUUUGAGAUGGAGGUCUUCGACUACGAGCUCCUCGGACAGAAACUGAAUCAACAGGCCAAGUUCUACGAGAACAUCAUGAAGAUCCUGCGGCCCAAGCCCGACUACUUUGCAGUGGGAUAUUACGGCUGCGGCUUCCCUCCAUUUCUUAGGAAUAAGGUGUUCAUCCACCGGGGGAAAGAGUACGAGCGCAGGGAGGAUUUCCAGAGUCAGCUGAUGAGUCAGUUUCCCAGCGCCGUCAGACUCAACAUCACCACCAUGCCUGGAGACGACAUCAAAAACUCCAACAUGCAGUAUAUCCAGUGUUUUACAGUGCAGCCGGUUCUGGAGAUCCCACCACGUCUGAAGAAUAAACCAGUGCCGGAUCAGAUCAUCAAUUUCUACAAGUCCAACUACGUGCAGCGCUUCCAGUAUUCUAGACCCGUCAGGAGAGGAAAAGUAGAUCCUGACAAUGAAUUUGCUUCGAUGUGGAUUGAGCGAACCACGUUCAUCACCGCAUACAAACUGCCGGGAAUCCUGCGCUGGUUUGAGGCCAUCAACAUCACACACACCACCAUUAGUCCUCUGGAGAACGCCAUAGAGACCAUGGGACAGACCAAUGAGAAGAUCCUCACCAUGAUCAACCAGUACCAGUGUGACGAGACGUUACCCAUAAACCCCCUGUCCAUGCUGCUCAACGGCAUCGUGGAUCCUGCCGUCAUGGGAGGAUUCGCCAAAUACGAAAAGGCCUUCUUCACAGAUGAGUACACACAUGAACAUCCAGAUGACAGAGAGAAACUGAUGAGACUGAAAGGACCUCAUCGCAUGGCAGAUCCCGCUGUUGGGCCGAGGAAUCGCUCUCCAUGGUAAAGGAGUGACGGAUGAUCUGCGGCCGUUCCAUGAGCGCAUGGAGGAGUGUUUCAAACAGCUGCGCAAGAAGGUGGAGAAGGAGUA